AUGGAGCAGGAGGUGCGGGCGCUGCGCGCGGCGGGCGGCUUCGGCCGGGCCCGGCGCCUGUUGGCCUCCGCCUCGUGGCUGCCGUGCGUGGCGCUGGGGCUGGCGCUGAGCUCCGAGCCGUUGCUCACCGCCCGGCCCGCGCACCACUGCCGGCCGGACCCCGCGCUGCUGCCACCCGCGCUGCGCGCCCUGCGCGGGCCCGCGCUGCUCGACGCCAGCCUGCCGCUCCAGGGCCCAACGCGCGUCCCGAGCCCCUGCCUGCUCCUGCGCUACCCCGAGCCCGCGCCCCGCACCCGCCCCGGCGCCGGCACCGCGCCCGCACCCGCGCCCAACGGCACGCGGCCCUGCACCAGCUCGGCAGCCGGGCCAGCCUGGAACCUCGUGUGUGAGGAUAGCUGGAAGGUCCCGCUGGAGCAGGCAAGCCACCUCCUGGGCCGACUGUUGGGCUGUGUCGUCCUGGGCGCGGGCUGUGACCGGUUUGGCCGCCGAGCUGUUUUUGUGGCCUCUCUGGUGCUGGCCACGGGCCUGGGGGCCAGCGAGGCCCUGGCUGCCAACUUCCCCACUCUGCUGGUCCUGCGGCUGCUCCAUGGGGGGACUCUGGCGGGGGCCUUCCUUGCCCUAUACGUGGCUCGCCUGGAGCUGUGCGACCCCCCGCACCGCCUGGUCUUCUCCAUGGGGGCCAGCCUCUUCUCAGUGGUAGGCACUCUGCUGCUGCCUGGCCUGGCGGUGCUACUGCGGGACUGGCGCCUUCUGCAGGGGCUGAGUGCCCUGGUAACUGGACUCCUGCUGCUCUUUUGGGGGUUCCCAGUCCUGUUCCCUGAGUCUCCCUGCUGGCUACUGGCCACGGGGCAGGUGGCCCGAGCCAGGAGGAUCCUGUCGCACUUUGCGGAAGCCAGCGGUGUGGACCCCCAGGAUGGCCCCUUGGAGGAAGAAAACUCCUUGGCCACGGCCACAGAGCUGGCUGCGCUGUCUACAGGGCACCCCCAGCCCCGGUACCACUCCCUCCUGGGGCUCCUGCACACUCGCAUCACAUGGAGAAACGGGCUUAUCCUGGGCUUCAGUUCGCUGAUCGGUGGGGGCAUCAGAGCCAGCUUCCUCCGCAUCCUGGCUCCCAGCGAGCCUGACUUUUAUCUGCCCUACUUCCUGGAGGCCUGCCUGGAGGCAGUGGCCACAGUCAUCCUGCUCCUCAUGGCAGAUCGCUGUGGACGCCGCCCUGUCCUGCUGCUGGGCACCAUGAUCACAGGCCUGGCAUCCCUGUUGCUCCUUGCUGGGACCCAGUACCUGCCGGGCUGGACCAUGCUGUCCCUCUCUGUCCUGGGGCUCCUGGCUGCCCAGGCCGUGUCUGCACUCAGCAGCCUCUUUGCAGCUGAAGUCUUCCCUACCGUGAUCAGGGGGGCCGGGCUGGGCCUCGUGCUGGGGGCCGGGCUCCUGGGCGGGGUGGCUGCCCCGCUCACCGACAUGCAGGGCAGGCAGGGCUUCUUCCUGCAACAUGUGGUCUUCACCUCCCUGGCCAUCCUUGUCCUGCUCUGCGUCCUGCUGCUGCCUGAGAGCCACGGCCGGGCACUGCCCCAGUCGCUACAGGACGCUGACCGCCUGUGCCGCUCUCCACUCCUGCAUGGCAGCCCGCACCAGGACCACCUGCCCCUGUUGCUGUCCUCCCACCCCCAGCCUCAGCAGCUCUCAUCCUGCCUGGUGGCCCCAUGA